AUGUUUAAUCAAGACAUUUUGGAGGAGCCAUCUGUAAUUUUUGACAACGGUUCUGGACUCUGCAAAAUUGGCUUUUCAGGGGAGAGUGGACCCAGACACGUAAUAAACUCUGUUGUUGGCCACCCAAAAUUGAACAUACCAUCAGCAAGAACCAAUCGCAAGAGGUGCUUUGUGGGAGAAGAAGCCCAGUGCAUGUAUGAUGGCUUAUACUUGCACUACCCUAUUGAACGUGGACUGAUAACAAGAUGGGAUGACAUGGAAAAACUGUGGAAAGAUCUUUUUGAGUGGGAGCUAGGAGUGAAACCCAGUGAGCAGCCAGUCUUCUUGACAGAGCCCUCCUUGAACCCACGGGAGACCCGAGAGAAGACCACAGAAAUAAUGUUCGAGAAAUUCAACGUGCCUGCAUUGUACCUUUGCAACCACGCAGUAGGAGCCCUAUGUGCCUCUGCCUGUGUCACCGGACUGGUGGUGGACAGUGGGGAUGGGGUCACUUGUACUGUCCCCAUCUAUGAGGGCCACUCCCUGCCACAUGCCGUUUCCAAACUGUAUGUGGCAGGGAGUGACAUCACGGAACAUCUUACUCGACUCCUUCUUGCUGAAGGGUACACUUUUCCUUGCAUCCUCAACAAAGCAGUGGUAGAUGACAUUAAAGAAAGGGUGUGUGUUAUCUCCUGGGAACACAAAGGAGAGCCAUGCAAGCAUGAUCAGCCAUCCCUGAAGGAAUACAAACUGCCAGAUGGGAAUGUCAUCCAGAUGGGCGACCACCUGUGUGAGGUGCCUGAGGUUCUUUUUACACCUGAUCAUCUAGGCAUUCAUGACUUAGGACUCUCAAAAAUGGUCUGCAAUAGCAUCAUGAAGUGUGACCCUGACAUCCAGGAGAACCUUUUUGCAGAGAUUGUGCUGUCUGGAGGUACCACCUUGUUUCCCGAGCUGCAGGAUAGGCUCCUGAAAGAACUGGAAGUUCUAGCGUUUAAGGGAACUCUGAUCAAGAUCACGGCUUCUCCAGAUAGAUGCUUUUCAGCUUGGAUUGGAGGAUCUGUCAUGACUUCAUUGAGCACAUUCAAGCAGAUGUGGGUUACCUCUGAGGAUUUCAAAGAAUAUGGGGCAUUUGUGGUUCAGAGGAAAUGUUUUUAA